AAUGCCGCAUGUCGCUGGUCGAUCUGAGGCAGUCUCUUCAAACCCCCUAACUGUGUAUCAUUAGCCAAACCUACAAAUGUCGCACUUAUGUUCUUUUCCCCCUUAUCUGGCUCCUUUCUUAUGCACAGACAAGAAAAAAGGGUUCCAUGAAAUGAACGGGGUUUCAUCGUGCGCUCAUGGAUCCGGAUAUAUUGCAUUUCCCUUGUGCUCUUUCUUCUUCUUCGUGUUCUUCUUUUGCCCUUCCAUUAUUGCACGGAACCCUUGGUUGUGUACAUGAUUUCAACGUCUCUUUCACAAAUUCGUCUCUUCCCCAAAUUCUACCUGUUGACCUUGUCUUGCCUCGCCCCCUCUUUCUCCCUCCUGAUUUGUUGGACGCUGUUCUUGCUAACUCCGUCCACCUCUCGUCCAGCCCAAGGACAAGAGCGCCGGCCCUGAGCGAGUGAUCGAUGGCUUUUCUAUUUUUCUAUGCCUCCGAACUGUCUACAUAUUCGAUCACAGCGCAGGGAAGGGAAGGGAGGGCGGGAG